ACCGUUUUUAUCUAUAAUUAACUCAAUCUCUCUCUCUCUACACUUUCCCUUCUCUCUUCCUCCUCUCUCUAGAAAUCCCAAUUAUCUAACAACCAUCUAUACAUACAACCAUCUGUACGUAUACAUGUAUGUAUAGAUCGCCUUAAUAUGGAGGAUUUCUUCUUCGAUUUUCUCGAUUUCGUGAAAAAGCCUUCGAUCAUCGAAACAUUCGUCGACAUUUUGUUGUGCUCCGUGCCGAUUUGGCUGGCCGUUGUUAUCGGCCUUCUGAUUGGCUGGUCGUGGCGGCCUAGAUGGACCGGUUUGGUGUUCUUAGGGCUCCGGCCCAAGCUCCGGUUCGUUUGGACCUUUCCGCCCGGGUUUGGAGCUCGCCGGCUUUGGCUUGCGUGCACGGCUUUAUCGGCUUUUUCGGUGGCGAGCCGGUUGUGGUCUAAUUUUAGGCUGAGUAGGAGGAAGAGCUCGGCUGAGUCUAAGAAUAGAGUUGAUAGUGGCUUGGAUUUAGGCGACUUGUCGGAGUCUGGUGGCGGUGAGAUUCGGCUGAUCAAUGGAAACUCAACUAAAGAACAUGAUCUUGUCACGAAGAAUGAUCUUGAACACCUGUUGCAUCUUCUAGAUGGAAAGGGAUGGGAUAGGCCGUGGCAAUAUCUCAUGGAUCGCUCUACCUCAAACAUGGCAUAUCAAGCCUGGCACCACGAGCCUGAGACUGGUGUCAUAUACAAAAGCAGAACUGUCUUUGAGGAUGCAACUCCGGAGCUGGUUAGAGAUUUUUUCUGGGAUGACGAGUUUCGGCCUAAAUGGGAUCCUAUGUUAGGGUACUUUAAGAUGUUAAAUGAAUGCCCUAAUACAGGGACAUCAAUUGUCCACUGGAUCAAAAAGUUUCCAUUCUUUUGCAGUGAUCGUGAAUAUAUCAUUGGUAGAAGAAUAUGGGAAGCUGGCAACACCUAUUACUGCGUGACUAAGGCAGUUCCUUAUUCAGCUUUGCCGAAGCGGGACAAACCUCGACGUGUAGAUAGGUACUUCUCAAGCUGGGUUAUCAAGCCUGUACAAUCUCGCAAGGGAGAUGGACAGUUGACUGCUUGCGAGGUUACUCUUGUUCAUCAUGAAGAUAUGGGGAUCCCCAAAGAUGUAGCAAAGUUGGGUGUUCGUCAUGGGAUGUGGGGCACUGUCAAGAAGCUACAUAGUGGCUUUAGAGCAUAUCAGGUGGCAAGGAAAUCUGAGGCACCUCUGUCCAGAAGUGCACAACUCGCAAAAAUUACUACAAAGAUUUCAAUUGACGGGAGCUCAGAUUCUUCGGAGUCCGUAUCAGGAGCAGAAGAGAUAAAUGGUAUGAUGGAUGUUCAGAGGCAAGGGGAUCGGAAUGGAAUAGACUGGAAAUGGUUAGUUGUAGGCGGAGCUGUGGCUCUGGCUUUUGGACUUCGUACAGGAGUGAUAGGAAAAGCAGUAUUAUUUGGGGCAGGGCAAAGAAUGGCUAGAGGGCGAAGAGGCGCCCCUCGCAGAUGAGAACACCCUGAGCUUAAUGAAUUUUUUUACGGCAAUCUGUUUGUUCAAUUAUGAUCAGCAUACAGAACCUUAAUUUUAGCAAUAAAUAUGAUUUUAUAUAUUAAUAUAACUUGCUGAUGGUCAGUUGGAUGAUGUA